UCGACCCACCACCCGCGUCACGACAUGGACGCAUUCCACGAAAUCCUCAUCGAUCGGCAUGGCCAUACGACUCCGACAACUCGAUGGAGGUAGCAACUUCGCUCUCAACAUCGCGCUUGUCUCGGUGAUCGGGGUCAUCGCGGUUGUCAUCUUGGUCCUGUACUGCCGGUCUCGACGACCACGACCGACCGGCGGUCGCCGGAAAGGCGACGUGCCCCCAAACUACAUGGAUGCCGACCGCACCAUCAACUUGCCGCUCCACCAUCGACCAGCACCAUCUCUUGCAAUGCCUCGUGGUGAAAGCGACAUUUACAUCAUGCGUAGCAGCGACGGCGGCACCGAAUACGAACCCCAAAGUCGCUCCAAACAGAACGCGUUCUUGCCGUUCCGUCUCGACCCUGCGCUUCUCCGAGCCAAGGUGGACUACGCCGACAUUCACUACACGCGGAAAUUGAGCAAGGGAGCGUUUGGCGAGGUCUGGCUCGGCCAGUGUCAAGGGAAUUACGUCGCAAUCAAGCAGAUCUUGGAAGAGCGCAAGAAUGACGCCAAGGAGAUCGAGUGCUUUGUCGCCGAGAUCAAGCUCAUGGCGAUCUUCCAUCAUCCGAAUAUCGUAGACUUUCGAGGGUUUUCUUGGAACCCCACGGACGGCAACAUGUGCGCGCUGACCGAGUACAUGAAGCACGGCGACUUGUUUGUGUACCUUCAGCGCAACAAAGCGUCGCUGGCAUGGAAGCAUGAAAAGGUCGGGAUUGCAAUCGACAUUGCUCAAGCUCUGGUGUAUCUCCACUCGCUCAACCCCAAGGUCAUCCACCGCGACCUCAAAUCCAAGAACGUGUUGCUUGAUGACAACUUUACGGCAAAGUUGAGCGACUUUGGCAUUUCCCGUCUGCGUCAGCUCGAAGAAACGAUGACUGCAGGUGUCGGGACGGCUCUGUGGGCCGCGCCAGAGGUGUUCCUGGCCAAGAAGUACAACGAUCGUGCCGAUGUGUACUCUCUGGGCGUCGUGCUGUCGGAACUCGACACGUGCGCGAUCCCGUAUGCCGACCAAGCCGUUGGAAAGAAUGGAAAGCUGGACGGGAUGGCCGUGGUGAAGCUUGUGACGCAGCAACAAGCCAAGCCAUCGUUCUCCCCGUCGUGCCCGGAAGAAGUUCGUGCGUUGGCGUACCGCUGUCUCGACUACGAGCCGGACAACCGUCCGUCUGCCGCCGAAGUCGUCGAGAUCCUGAAGAAUCACGUGCGGCCGGCGCUCGACCGGCCGUCGUUUUGA